UCUUGCACAGGUGUACCGGCUCCUCCCCUUCAGUCUUGCACAGGUGUACCGGCUCCUCCCCUUCAGUCUUGCACAGGUUACCAGCUCCUCCCCUUCAGUCUUGCACAGGUUACCAGCUCCUCCCCUUCAGUCUUGCACAGGUGUACUGGCUCCUCCCCUUCAGUCUUGCACAGGUGUAGUGGCUCCUCCCCUUCAGUCUUGCACAGGUGUAGUGGCUCCUCCCCUUCAGUCUUGCACAGGUGUACCGGCUCCUCCCUUUCAGUCUUGCACAGGUGUACCUGCUCCUCCCCUUCAGUCUUGCACAGGUGUACUGACUCCUCCCCUUCAGUCUUGCACAGGUGUUCCGGCUCCUCCCCUUCAGUUUUGCACAGGUGUUCUGGCUCCUCCCCUUCAGUCUUGCACAGGUGUUUCGGCUCCUCCCCUUCAGUCUUGCACAGGUGUUCCGGCUCCUCCCCUUCAGUCUUGCACAGGUGUUCCGGCUCCUCCCCUUCAGUCUUGCACAGCUGUACCGGCUCCUCCCCUUUAGUCUUGCACAGGUGUACUGGCUCCUCCCCUCCAGUC